CCCAAGCUCACAAACAAGACUACACAACUCUUUAAAUACUUCAGAUUGGAAACCAACUUCAGAGCGGAAGCCAAUAUUUCUUAAGUAUGCAGACAGAAGCCAAGGAGGAGGUGAAGUUGCAUGGAUUUUGGGCCAGUUCAGAUUGCGCUAUGGUUCGUCACGCACUCAAACUCAAGGGUGUGGCCUACGAUUAUGUGGAGGUCGAUAUCGACAUCAGGAGCGACUCCCUCGUUCGGGUCUAUGAAAAUGUCCCGGUCCUUGUUGUGGAUGGACAAUCUGUAACCAAUCCCUUGGUAAUCUUUGAGUUCAUCGAAGACAACUGGAAGUAUCCCGCUCUUUUCCCAGAGGAUCCUUACAUGAAAUCUCGAGUCAGAUUUUGGGCUGGUUUCUUCUACAAAAAGUUAAUGCCGACUAGUUUUGCCAUCAUGUUUUCAGAGGGAGAGGCACAGGAGAAGGCAACUGAAGAGUUCAUAGAGCACAUGAGGACGAUGGAGGAUGGAAUUGCUGUGGACUUUGCAAACGGAGGGCCAUUUAUCAACGGCAAAGAACCCGGGCUGCUGGAUGUGGUGAUGGGCUCUUGCUCAAAUGGGCUCAAGGCCCUUGGAGCCGUUCCUGGUGUGCAGAUGCUUGAUAAGGAGAGGAUGCCGGUUCUGUCGUCGGCGAUAGAGGCCUUCAUCGGCUUAGAGACGAGCACGGUGAUACCGUACGAUGAGCUGCUGGAGCUGCACUGGGUCCUUCGAGAGAUUGGCUUGGCAACGGCCUCGUCGAAAGCUUGAAAUAAUUAGAGACGUACUACUUCAAGAAAUAAUUAGAGACGUACUACUUCGAUUCUGUAUGCAUGUGAAAAUAAAUGAGUUGUCUUAAUGUCUUCUUAAUUACUGAAUAAAAACUUUACACUCCAUCAUAAUUUCUUCUUUAUUGCUGAAUAAAAACUUUGCACUCCACCGAU